AUGGCUGCAGAGUCUUAUCAGCAAAGCUCGGCUACCGUAAAACUGGAAGAAGGAAAAGACUUCAUCCACACCGAUGUACUUCCUCAACUUGAAGAUGCCAUCUUGGAUUUAGGCUGCGGUACUGGCGAGUUGUCUGCCUACCUUGCUGAACUGGUCGGACUCAAAGGAUAUGUCAUUGGCGUCGAUCCUGACUUCAGCCGACUGCAACUGGCUAAGGAAACUCAUCGUCAUGUAGAGAACCUCUCUUUUAUAGAAGGCAACUCAAAUCAGUUCGAAGGCAUGGGCUCUGAGAAGUUCGACAUUAUAUUCUCUAAUCUCGUAAUCCACUGGGUACCUGACAAAAGCAAAGCGUUCAGAAACAUGUUCGACAGUUUGAAAGUUGGUGGGAAAAUUUCCAUACAAUAUUCAGAUAUAAUACCCCCCUUCAUGGCUACCUCGUAUGAGGUGUUGAACCCGGAAAAGUAUGAGAAAUUAAGCAAUAUGUUUCAUCUGGCUAAAAGAGAUGACGUGGAUCUUUUAUGUGCGAGGGCAGGUUUUGAUGUUGUGAAGAGCUACUAUCCCAAAUAUACGAAGGAUCUCUUUCCCAGCGUGGAAAGUCUUCUACAGUGGCUUGUUGGCACCUCACAUGGAGUUUUCGAUCUACGACUUGUGACCCAAGAGAGAGUCGAGCAACUGUUGCAGAAGUUUGGAAACCCACCGUUUGACUUCACUGAAAAUUCCUUUGACUGUAGACUUGUUGCCGUGAAACCAAGAUCCCAAACACUGUAG